AUGGGCCUCAUAUCCAAGCUGAGAUCCUGGUCUCAUGAGCUUACUCCGUAUUUCAUCUAUCUCCUCUUCGUGGCCACACUUGGUCCCCUUCUCUUCGGCUACCAUCUGGCCGAGCUCAACGCGCCCCAAGACGUAAUCACCUGCACGAAAAGGUCGACCGAUAUCUCAACAUUUACCAGUCUACCGCAAUGCAUACCCAUGAAUUCGACACAGAUCGGCCUCGUGUCCUCGAUCUUCACACUGGGCGGGCUUGUGGGCGCGCUCUUUUCCGGGUUUCUCGCCGCAAAGUAUGGACGAUUGCUCGUCAUGCGUGUCAACACUCUGCUCCUUGCAGUCGGCCCCAUCGUUGAAGCUCUGGCGCCCAAUUUAGGCUUGCUUGCUGUGGGUCGUUUGGUGUCUGGCAUCGGUGCCGGUGUGUCUGUCGUGGUUGUGCCCAUCUACAUCUCGGAGAUCGCGCCGCCUAAGGAGAGAGGAUUCUUUGGAGCCUUCACUCAGAUCAUGACGAACAUGGGCAUCUUCAUCACACAAUUGCUCGGUUACUUUUUGAGCCACGGGCAGAUGUGGCGCGUGAUUCUCGCUGUGGCAGGGGCUAUCGGCGUCCUGCAACUCCUCGGCUUGUUGUUCUCGGUCGACAGUCCCACAUGGCAGGCCGACCAUGGCGACGCGAGAGAGGCCAAGGCCAACCUGAAACGAAUUCGUGGUCACAAGGCCGAUAUCUCAGAGGAAGUAGCCGUUUGGAGAAUGGUAAUAGUCCCAUCCCGUUAUUCCUCCUUGCCUUUGCUACAGAAAACUAAUAUGCUGAAUGCAGAAGAGCAAACCCCACUCGUGGACGAGGACCAGACCGCUGUACAGCGCGUCAAGCAAGAGGCCGUUGGUAUCAUUAGCGUCCUGCGCGACUCGACCCACAACCGCGCCAUCCUCGCUGUCGUUCUCGUCAUGAUGGCUCAACAACUCUGCGGCAUCAACAGCAUCAUCAUGUACGGUGUGUCCCUGCUCGCUGACCUCCUAGCCAGCAAUUCCGCCCUCCUCAACAUCUUGGUCAGCAUUCUCAAUGUUGUCGCCACGACGGCUUUCGCGCCGCUCGCCGACAUCUUGGGCAGGAAAAUCUGCAUCCUCGCGUCGAUUGCCGGCAUGGGCGUGUCAUCGAUCAUGCUCGCCGUAGGUAUCCGUUCGUCUAUUCCAGUGUUAUCGGCCAUCUCGGUGCUCCUCUUCGUGGCCAGCUUCGCGUUCGGUCUAGGUCCUGUCCCGUUCAUACUCGCUAAUGAACUCGUGGGUCCGGAGGCUGUUGGCGCGACGCAGAGUUGGGCGCUCGCUGCCAAUUGGAUCUCGACAUUUGUUGUCGCGCAAUUUUUUCCAAUGGUCAAUGAGCAGUUGGGCAAGGGCGUGGUAUAUUUCAUUUUCGCUGGAGUGGCGGCUGUGUUCUGGGUCAUCGUCUUCUGGUAUGUGCCGGAGACGAUGGGCAAGCGUGAUGCUGAUGAGGUUUGGGGGCGAAAUACGAGAAGAGAGGAUUGA